UAAUUAUAAUAAUAACGUAUGAGAUAAAAUAUUCACGCUUAUCAUUUGGUACGUGUUAUUAAAUUAAUUCAUCGGAUUAUCGCAAUGAUUGAAAUUUAACCCAUUCUACUUUAGCAAAAUUUGAAAGAAGAGGAAUAAUGAUGACGUCAUGUACACAAACACCUUAAACGUUCUCUCUGUUGUCAAUUUUUGGAUAAUACUAGCAUUGCUUGGAGUCAACGUAUCUGAAAGUACUUUUGAUCACGAUCAUAUACUCUGUCGUAAGUGUGGGAAUGAACUGACAGAAAACUUACUUGAGAAUUUCAUUAACAUCACAAGUCCUCAGUCUGAGUCCAUCAAUAGAAUUUCUUUGUUUGGUCACAACCAUUUAGUGGUACAGUCUCUAAGGAACCCUGCUGAUGUUGUCUUUUACAUGGUUACAGUAAAAGUUUCAGGAUGCAAAGGAAUUGGUGAGUGGUAUAGUGAGCAUACCUGGUUUCCUGGAUAUUCAUGGAAAGUCUGCAUAUGCCCACGUUGCAGAGCCCAUCUUGGCUGGGUUUUUGAGCUUACUAAAAAGAUUCAAAGCGGUUAUGUAACAUCAAAAUCUUCAGGAGAAGGUUUCUAUGGUUUGAUAGUUGACAGCCUCAUAUCUGAAGAUUUUUCAGAGUCUCUUGUAAUAACACUGCCAAAAACUCUGAGGAUAUAGAUCAACCAUGGCAACUGAUUUGCAAGAAAAUGGUACUGUCAAAUUGAAUGAAGAAUAUUUAGCAGAGUUGGAAGCAGCAGCUGAAGGGCGGUACACAGAAAAUGAUGAAGAAUUCAUGAAGAUUUUUAACAGCCCAUCACCGAAACCUCCAAUACUGCCUAACAAUCAAUUCAAUCGAAAUCGACAUGGAGGUCGAUUUCGAGGUAACAGAAACCGUGGUGGAUAUCGUGAUAAUUGGCAAGAUAGACAAUCAGAUGAUGGGCAGGGUAGAAGAUCAGAUGGCUGGCAAGAUAGAAGGUCGGAUGGCUGGCAAGAUAGAAGGUCGGAUGGCUGGCAAGAUAGAAGGUCGGAUGGCUGGCAAGAUAGAAGGUCAGAUGGCUGGCAAGAUAGAAGAUCGGAUGGCUUUCGUGGCAGAUCUGGACAUCAUGGAGAAGGAAGACAUGGAGGGCAGAGGGAUGAAAGACAAGGUUAUUGGAACUCUAGGAACAAUAAAAGAAGUUGGGAUGAUGAUAGGAGGUAAUGAAGUAAUAAGAUGUGAAAUUUAAGAUACAGGCACUUUAUAUGUCACUAAUAAUACAUCCAUGAAAGCAAAAGUUUAUUUUUAAGUAUGUGAUGUCAAAAAUCUCAUUCGACUUUCAAAUAUUUCCAUAAUAGUAUUAAUGCUGUUGUUGGAAUUCUUGUAUAACUUGAUAUUUUUUCCCCUAUGUUUAUUAGUUUUGUAGUUGGGGUUUUUUGAAAACUGAAUGUGGAAUUAAAAAGUGUUUGAAAAGGCUUUAUUGUACAACAUAUUAUUUAGAGGGAAGAUUGUGAAUUUUUCAGCUUAAGAAAAAAUGUAUUUGGGUUAUGCAUUACAUUUAAUUAUUUUACAAGGUAAAAAUGCAAAAGUCACUAUUGCAUUUUUCAUUCCUGUUUGAUAUAAUGUACUUUGAAUAAAAAACACUGGUUUAUCUCAA